AUGUUGAGACAAAAUCUAAAAACUGUAUCAUUUAAGAAUAUUCAAUUAUUUACAAGGUAUUAUAAGAUAGGAACAGCUACGGUGCCACUACGAAAAUCUCAUCAGUCAAGGGAAACCAACAGUGUGUCUGCUCCAUAUGGAGUUGAUAGAUCAAUUGAAAAUAAUUUCGUAACUGAGACAAACAAAUUAGAUAGAAUAAGGAAGAAAUUUUGGCAAAAUAUUGACCUGAAUAAUGCAAUUGAACCUGGUUUUAUACAUAUUCAAAUGGAUACUAAAACUAUUAGAACACCUAUGGGGAAUCAAUUGAAAGUGAAAAAGGAUCAGUUGUUGUUAGCAUAUCUAUUAAAAAAUGAAUGGAAUAAUUUAGAAACUUUGUCCUCAAAAUCAUAUUCAUUGCCAUUAACCUCUUUAACUUCAAGAUGCAUUGAUUUGGAAACUGCUCACAGAGAGGAGGUGAAUUUAGACCCCAUAUCUAAAUGUAACGGUGAUAGAGAUCUUAUAAUUAAAGAUUUAUUAAGAUAUCUGGAUACCGAUACACUAUUAGUAUUUGCACCAAAGGCAGAAUUAGAAGGUAGUUUAAGAAAAGAACAAAAUUGCUUAUAUCUUCCAAUUAUUGAUGGAAUUGAAGAUUUAUUAUACACUCAUCUUCCAAAAGAAUCUGAAAUAAAGAGAGAAUACUUCAAAUUGAGAAAAUUAGAUUCAGAUAUUGAUGGUUUAAGAAGCAAUAUGCAGUCUGAUUGUGUUAAGGAAGCUGCUAUAAACUAUGUAAAGACACUAUCAUAUUGGAACCUUGCAGUAUUUGAAAAGACCGUUAUGAUGACUAAAUCCUUUAUUUGUGGAAUAUUAUUAUGUGAAAAUGCCAUUAAGACAAAGAUAAUUCCGUCAUUAAAAUGUGGUAUUGAAAAGAUCGAAAGAUUAGCCUCUUUAGAAACUAUCCACCAAACAGACAAGUGGGGAGAAGUGGAAGACACACAUGAUGUAAACAAAGCUGACCUAUUAAGAAACAUAUCUGCUGCAUAUAUACUAGCUUUUAAAAAUUAA